AUGCCUCCAAGUCCAGCCACAUCCCCAGAGUUCCAGCCUUCACAUUGGGCUCCAUUGGUGAUUUCGUUGGUGGGUGUUGUUUGUACCAUCUUUUUGCUGUUCUGUUACUAUAGGAUGCUAAAAGGCCAGUGUUGUGUUUCUCGUGUGAUGAUUUCCAGGAGUGGAGAUCAAAGGCGCCAUCUAAAUGGAGACAACACUGAUGAUCCUUCUCUACAAUUCCAAAGCCACGGGCUGGACUCCUAUAUUAUACACUCGCUUCCCAUCACCCAAUUCAAGAAGAAGAAUGCAGAAGAGUUGUGUCAAAGCAAUACAGAUUGUGCCAUUUGUUUGGGUGAAUUUGAUGAAAGUGAAUGGAUAAAACAUUUACCAAAUUGUUCUCACGUCUUCCAUGUUUCCUGCAUCGACACUUGGUUUCAGACUCAUUCAAGUUGCCCACUCUGCAGAUCACACAUUUAUGAUCUUAAAAUACACCAUGAGUGCUCCAUUUCUAUGUACACUUUGCUAGAAACUCUUGAGGAAAGAUUUCUAUCAAGAAAUAUCAGCACAUUACCAAGUUCUCAGCUACCAUCUCCUAUAGAAUUCUCCACCUGGACCAGACCAGAAAAUGCCAAUUGA